GUAUAGUUUCUGGACUGAUGUAUCCUGGUAAAGAUGAAAUGUUUGGUACAGAGAAUGUUACUAGGAGGUCUGUCCCCAUCACGGAUGCAUCUGAGAUGGUCUUCAGGUUCCUCUACCAGCCGCCUGCUGAAGGAGGAGUUGGUUCAGGAUACUGGGAUGGCCUCAGGCCAGCAGCGCAUGAACCCACUAGGGAUCCAGAUGCUCUCCAAGGGCCUUCAUGAACAGAUUUUUCGAGGUGCUCAGGUCCAUUACUCGGAAGAAGACAUCCGAAAAAGUGUGGAACACCUGCAGAGGCAUGAUCUGUGGGGAAAGGAGACCUCCACUGUUCCAGAUGUUCAGCUCGAGCUACCCCGGCUAUAUGGGGCCAACCUUGAUGAACACUUCUGUGUUUUGGCACAGAAGCAGAAUUUCCCAUAUUUGGAGGCUGCUAAGGAACUUCUGCAGAGUGAGAUCUCCCCAAUGCCUCAGGAGUGGGCUUGGGCAGCUGGGUGGACAAGAUAUGGACCCAGUGGGGAGAUGGAAACGGUGGAUUUCCCAGAUGAGCGAGCAUUGGUGUUUGAUGUGGAGGUGUGCAUGGAAGAAGGGCAUUGCCCCACACUUGCAGUGGCUGUUUCCCCAAGUGCCUGGUACUCCUGGUGCAGCAAGCGGCUGUUAGAGCAGAGGUAUAGCUGGUCCAGCCAGCUGACUCUGUCAGACCUCAUCCCCCUGGAAUCGGGCAGCAGCUGCCCCAAGCAGCACUGUCAGGAGAAACUCGUGGUGGGUCACAAUGUCUCCUUUGACCGAGCACACAUCAAAGAGCAGUACCUGACAGAGGGCUCUCGUAUGCGUUUCCUGGACACCAUGAGUAUGCACAUGGCUAUUUCAGGCUUGUCAGGAUUCCAGCGCAGCCUUUGGAUGGCAGCAAAGCAUGGCAAGAGGAAAGGACAGCAGCAAGUGCAGGAGCACAUCAAGAAGAUGCGCAGCAAAACUGAUGGCCCUUUGAUUGCCUCUUGGGACUGGGUGAAUAUUAGCAGCAUCAACAACCUAGUAGAUGUGCAUGCCCUCUAUGUAGGGGGCCAGACAUUAGAGAAAGAGGCCCGGGAACUCUUUGUGAAGGGAAGCAUGAAUGACAUCAGGAACAAUUUCCAGGAUCUGAUGAGAUAUUGUGCUCUUGAUGUUCAAGCUACGCAUGAGGUAUUCCAGGAGCAGCUUCCACUCUUCAUGAAACGGUGUCCCCAUCCUGUGACAUUCGCAGGGAUGCUAGAAAUGGGGGUCUGUUAUCUCCCUGUCAAUCAAAACUGGGAAAGAUAUCUGGAUGAAGCCCAGGCCACUUACGAAGAACUCCAAAAGGAGAUGAAGAAGUCCUUGAUGAACCUGGCUGAUGAUGCCUGCCAGCUGCUUCAUGAGGAAAGGUACAAGGAUGACCCUUGGUUAUGGGAUCUGGAGUGGGACCUCCAAGAAUUUAAGCAGAAGAAGAAGAAAACUGGGAAGAAGAAGAAUCAAGAUGGUGAUGAUAUACCUCCCAAAGCAGUGGAAAAGGCCUCCAUGUUGGAGUGGCAGGAAGAUCCUGGUCCCCCUGCUGAAGAGGAGGAUCAGAAGAUCCUUGACAGCCGGCUGUGCUUGGACCAUCUGAAGGAGACUGUUACUUUGCAGCCAAAAAGGAUUCAGCAUCUGCCUGGCCAUCCAGGGUGGUACCGUAAACUGUGUCCCCGGCUGGAUGAUCCUAGUUGGGUACCUGGGCCAAGUCUCAUCAGCCUGCAGAUGAGAGUGACUCCAAAGCUCAUGAGGCUCACCUGGGAUGGCUUUCCGCUGCACUACUCUGAGAAGUAUGGCUGGGGCUACCUGGUGCCAGGAAAGAAGAAGAGACCAGCAGAGGAUGACCUGGGUGGCAGUUCACCUUCAUGCCCAUUCAGGGUUAUUGAGCAUCUGUACCAGGAGCAUUGCAAGGAGAAAGGCAAAGAGCAGCCUGGGUUGCUAGAAGCCUCUCUGGAAGAAGAUCUGAUAUUAACAGAAAACAGCACUUUCUGGCAAAAGGCAGAAGAGUUCAGUCACCUCGAGGCAGAUGGAGAUGCAGAUCCUGCAGCCAAGUCCUCAAGACAGGAUGAGGUGGGAUCUGCAGAGAACCAUCCUGAAUAUCAUCAUGGCAAUGGUCCAUACAAUGAUGUCAAUAUCUCAGGCUGUUGGUUUUUCAGAUUACCUCACAAGGAUGGGAAUGACAACAAUGUUGGAAGUCCAUUUGCCAAGGAUUUCUUGCCCAAGAUGGAGGACGGAACCCUGCAAGCUGGCACCAGGGGUUCUGACGGGACUCGAGCUCUUGAAAUCAACAAGAAAAUCUCCUUCUGGAGGAAUGCGCAUAAGCGAAUAAGUUCCCAGGUGGUGGUGUGGCUGAAGAAAGGGGAGCUGCCUCGAGCUGUGACCAGGCAUCCAGACUACGAUGAGGACAGCAGCUACGGGGCCAUUCUGCCACAGGUGGUGACUGCUGGGACUAUAACCCGCCGGGCCGUGGAGCCCACCUGGUUGACAGCCAGCAAUGCCAGAGCUGACCGGGUGGGCAGUGAGCUGAAGGCCAUGGUCCAGGCCCCUCCCGGCUACCACCUGGUUGGAGCUGACGUGGAUUCCCAGGAGCUUUGGAUAGCAGCUGUCUUGGGAGAAGCUCAUUUUGCCGGCAUACAUGGCUGCACCGCAUUUGGCUGGAUGACCCUGCAGGGGAAGAAGAGCAACGGCACAGACCUGCACAGCAAGACUGCCUCCAUGGUUGGCAUCAGUCGAGAACAUGCCAAAGUGUUCAACUAUGGCCGUAUUUAUGGGGCAGGGCAGCCCUUUGCUGAGCGCCUCCUCAUGCAGUUCAACCAUCGCCUGAUGCAGCAGCAGGCCAGUGAGAAGGCGCGCCAGAUGUACGCCAGCACAAAGGGGAUCAGGCGCUGCAUCCUGUCUGAGGAAGGAGAGUGGCUGGUGAAAGAGCUGCGUAUCCCUGUGGAACGUGAAGCAGAUGGUUCUGUGUCCUUGCAAGAUGUGCGGCGGAUUCACAGAGAAGCAGGGAAAAGGUCUCUAAGGAGGAAGUGGGACGUGGUUCGCCAGCGAGUCUGGGCCGGUGGGACAGAGUCCGAAAUGUUCAACAAACUGGAAAGUAUUGCCAAUUUGGAAUCGCCUUGCACCCCAGUGCUGGGUUGCCACAUCAGCAGAGCACUGGAGCCAGCUGCUGUCAAGGGCGAGUUUGUAACCAGCAGAGUGAACUGGGUAGUACAGAGCUCUGCUGUGGAUUACCUGCACCUGAUGCUGGUGGCCAUGAAAUGGCUCUGUGAGGAGUUCAGCAUCAAUGGCCGCUUCUGCAUCAGCAUUCAUGAUGAAGUGCGCUACUUGGUCCAGAGCGAAGACCGCUAUCGGGCAGCCCUUGCCCUGCAGAUUGCCAACCUCCUCACGCGGUGCAUGUUUGCCUAUAAGUUGGGUCUGCAAGAUCUGCCUCAGUCAGUGGCCUUCUUCAGUGCUGUUGAUAUUGAUCGGUGCUUAAGGAAAGAGGCAACCAUGGAUUGCAUUACUCCCUCCAACCCAACCGGCAUGGAACAGAGAUAUGGCAUCCCCGCAGGUGAAGCUCUGGAUAUAUAUCAACUUCUUAAAAUAACCAAAGGCUUGCUGGAGAAAGGAAAAUAAGUUUUGAGAUUCCGGAAUCUUCCCAGAAGCUGUCUCUUGAGGAGCCUGGCCUUGCCUUACUUCUUGGAGAGGCAAUCAUAAGCCAGAGUAUGGCGGUGCUGACAAGCUGUGGCUCCAAAGGCAGCUUAUCUGACACGGAGCCCUGUGGCAAUAGACGCAGGCCAUUCUUCUGCAGCAUUCAGGGAUGAGCAGUUGCUUCAAAAAGACUCUUGCAGAAAAGCAGGUGUUAAUGGAAGCAUUCUUUGUCCACAAAACCUGGCUGGGCAUAAAUAGGUCAGUUCUCAUUUCUUUCGUCUCUUCUUUUUGGGCUCCUGGCUGUCAUUGGGCUGCGCCGAUGCACUGCUCUAAAAGAAAUGGGAACAAAGGCAUGAAUAGGAAAUGUGAACAGAAGUUGCUCCUCACCUACUCCCCCCAGUUCUAGAGCCACUGUCCUGCAGAGGGCUGAAUAUCAGGUUUUAAUGAUCCAUGUUGCUCCUUCUCAAGUAAGAAACAAAGACUGUUCUCUUAAAUCCCGAACCUUUGAAAUUCAGUCCCAAGAGGAAACUGCCCCAUGGAGUGGUGGAGUACAGCAAUCCCUUUUCAUACCUUCCAGGUGUGCGGCUGAAUUUGAGAAUUUCUGGGUUUAAAGAACCACUCUACCAUUGUAAAGCAUUCCCCACACCCCUUGGCUAUUUAAACUCAGAAAUGUUGAUAUUCAUCUGUAUAGAGGAACAGUUGAGCAGCCAGCGUUAUUCUUGCCUCAUCUAACCCCAUCUAAUCCUUCUCGUUCAGAACUGAAUUAUAAUUUUUUUAUGGGCAAGACCAAGAACAGUGCUUGUCACUCAGUAUUUGUUGACAGAUUCCCCAACAGGGCUGAAUUUCUGAGUGUAAAGAGCCACCUUUUUGAUGUGGAAAUGGGCGAGGUCACUCUUUGAACCUUCAACCCCACAGGGAAACUGCCCACUCUGGCUAGAGGGUAUGCUCCUCCUUUGCUCUUCAGUUCAACAUCCCAGGGCUGAAUUUGAGACAUUUAGCAGUUAAAGAGCCACUUUGGCAUGUCUGAAGUAUAGAGAGCUCAAGGUAGCUGUUUAAAUCCUGACACUCUGAAAUUCAGACCUACAAAGGGGGAGAGCAACAAAAUGUUGCGGAUUGUUGCUAGGUUCUCUUGCUGCUCCUAAACAGCACAGUCCAUGCUGCUGUUUCCCGACCCUUUCAGGAGGAAUUUGGAAACAUUUCGCAGCUUGGUGCCACUUGCGCCCAAGGAUUUCCAGCAAGUGCCCCUUUGUUGCCCGUCCUGUACUGUUGUUUCUCAGCCCUUAAGCCAGAGAACAGCCUGUGGGGGGGACUAAGCAGUGUAGGGUAGACAAUACUGACUUUGAUGGACUGAUUCAGUAUAAGGCAGCUUCAUAUGUUAGGUCUGUUCCUUGCUUAAAUGCCCAUAUGCUCUUAUUCAAGCCCUCCUGGCAGUUGGAAGGAAUAGUUCCCCCACCCCCCAAACACACACCACUGAACGGCUGUGGUUCAUACAUGAAAAGAUGUUGGAACACUUAUGUUAUUAAAACUAUCUGUUGAAAUAA